CGAGGACCACACUCGCCGAGAGAGAUUCGGAUCGCCUCAAAAUCCAAAGACAAGAAAAGGAAAAUGAAUUUGGCUUUUCCUUUGAUAGGGAUGCCCAAAUUCAACAUCAUCUGAGAAUCGCAAUGACCACCGCGGAACUCCUUCAUAUCGAUCCUUUAGAUCUCAAGUUUCCAUUUGAGCUGAAGAAGCAGAUCUCUUGCUCGAUUCAGUUAUCAAAUAUAAGUGAAAAUCAUGUCGCUUUCAAGGUGAAUCAAUUGGUUUUAUGUGUAAUCUGUUCAUCAAUGUCGCUUUCAAGGUCAAGACGACUAAUCCAAAAAAGUACUGCGUUCGCCCCAAUACGGGCGUUAUUUUUCCUCGAUCCACUUGUGAUGUAGUAGUAACAAUGCAGGCACAAAAGGAGAUGCCUGCUGAGAUGCAAUGUAAGGACAAGUUUUUACUUCAGAGUGUAGUUGCAAGUCCUGCGACAAAUCCAAAAGAUGUUACUUCUGACAUGUUCAACAAGGAAGCAGGGAAGUUAGUGGAAGAGUGCAAGUUGAAAGUCGUAUAUGUGUCUCCGCCUCAGCCACCGUCACCAGUUGCAGAGGGUUCAGAGGAAGGUCUAUCACAAAGUCCAACCUUGACAGAGAAUGGCAAUGCAAACUGUUUCGAGGCGUCAAGAUCUUUUAGCGAUUCAUUUGACAAAUCUUCUGAGACAAAGUCACUUAUUUCAAAACUGACCGAGGAAAAGCUUGCUGCAGAUCAACGAAACAACAGGCUUCAUCAAGAACUGGAGCUCUUGAAGCGUGACACCCACAGAAGUCAUAGAGGUGGUGUCUCAUUUAUAUUUGUCAUCAUUGUUGGUUUGCUUGGUGUGAUCUUGGGUUACAUUGCGAAGAAAUGAAGGCGCACUUAUUUUAGGACACAUCUUUCUGUUUCCAACUUCCCUCCACGGAAAUCCCAACAUUUUCCUGUAGAAGAUAGAACUAUAGGGGGUGGCAUGGAAAGAAAUUUUGAAACCGUUAGCUCAACAAAACUCAUCUCACGUUGGUGGUGGUUUUGGAGAUUUUUUUUGCUCAGCUAUUUGUUUGUUCAUUGGUCUGGUCUCCCUCUGUUAACCCUUCCUUUUUAUGCAAGUCCCAACAAGCAUGAAAUAUUUUGUAAAGACUGCCCUAAAAUUUUCAUUCCAGCUGUUAUGCCUCAAAAUGCGACAAU